GUGUGUCUGAGUCACUGCAAACACAUGACACAGGAGAUACCCUGACCUAUUCCUGUGCCAAUGACUGAAGUGUAAGUCACCUGAGUAACUGCCUUCAGCAGCAGAGGAGGCGAGGGCUGAGUUCUGGAAAUGGCAAAUAAAAUUUGUACGUGCACCAAAAAUCCGGCUACAAGUGCUUUCUAUCGCUGAGAUCUCACUCUUGGUUUCAGUGCUAACAAAAACAUCACAGAAUACUAACAGAAAUAUGGAUUUUUUCCAAAGAGCGCCGCCAUUUCUAAUCCAGCUACAGAAUAUUUUGCGAAAAUACCCAGAUGGAGGCCAAAUUCUUAAAGAACUGAUACAGAAUGCGGACGACGCUAAAGCAAGUGAAGUCAUUUUUAUUUAUGAUGAAAGGGAAUAUGGAACAGAGACCUUACACUCAAGUGACCUUCAUGUCAUCCAAGGUCCGUCUCUCCUGGCUUACAACAAUGAGACGUUUACUGAACGUGACUGGGAAGGAAUACAGAAACCGGGAGACAGCAUUAAGAGAAAAGACCCCAACACUGUUGGCCGGUUUGGACUGGGGUUUAACUCUGUAUAUCACAUUACAGACCAUCCAACCAUCUUCAGUGGGAAAUAUCUUGGGAUCCUGGAUCCACAGGAAAAGAUUCUUCAAAGAGGAGGAUGUUUGUGGAACAUUGAGAGAGGACGGAAAUGUGUAGAAGAAUUCAAAGACCAGUUUCAACCAUUCCAACUGGCAUUGGAAGCCCUUGAUGAAGGUUGUUGGGAGGACAUUCUCAAUUCUGGCUAUUUCAAUGGGACUCUUUUUCGCUUCCCUCUUCGACUAUGUCCUUCUGAAAUAUCUGAUAAUAUCUAUAGUACAGACAGGGUUCAAGAACUCUUUGAGUCUUUCAUGAAGGAUGCUAGCAUUAGCCUUCUUUUCCUUCGACAUAUUAAAAGUGUAUCGUUAAAGAAAAUUGACAGAGAUGGAGUACUCCUACCUUUGCUCACAGUUAAUGUAUGUACUGAGGAAACAUUUGUGUCAGAGACAGCUGAUCUUAACAUUGAAACACAUUUUAAAGUUACUUCUCUAAAGUGCUAUGGUAAAGCAGAGGAGGAAUGCAAAUGGUUGGUGACGGCUAGCACAGUUCAAGAAAAUCUCUUUCCGGAACUUACAGAGUUAAGUUACAAACUGUGUAACAGGCCUACACUUGACUUGGCGUACCCAUUAUCUAAGCCCUGCAUGGAUUUAUUUGGAGGCCGUUUAAGUUGUGUUCUGCCACUUCCAGACAAAGAGGAAAACAGGACAGGUCUUCCAUGCCUCAUCAAUGGAUGUUUUGACUUAACUGAUGACAGGAGAGGCCUAAAGUGGCUUGAAAUUGAUCAACAGCACGAUGAAGCUGCGAAAUGGAACCAUAUGCUGGUAGAACAGAUAUUGCCUUUACUUUAUAGAUAUGCAAUUAAGAAUGCAGUAUCUUUAGUGAAGCUGUCAAAACUGUCAGCAGAGAUGGCAUACAACAUUUGGCCAGAUCCAGAGAUGACCGCACAUAAGGGCAGAUGGCAUGAUCUUGUAAAAGAGUUGGCCCUUUUGCUGGUGAAAGAGAGCGUAUUUCAGACAAUUGACGAAACCCAGUGGAUAAAUGCAGCGCAAGCUGUAUUUUUGCAAAUUGAAAAUGGUGAAACCUGUGAUUUAUUAGAGGAACUGCUUCUGCUGCUGAAUGUUCCACUUGUUAAAGUUCCUGAACAUGUCUACUCAACGAUUCAGUUGGCUAAGAGCAGCAUGGCAAGAUUUAAUAUUGUGUCUCCAGGCCUUGUAAGAAAAUUCUUGCAUAUGGAUGAUUGGCUUGUCUUUUCAAAUGAAAAAAAACUGUUGCUUCUCAAGUAUGUUAUCAGUGAUGGACUUCACAGUGAGCUACUGAACCUUCAACUGCUGCCGUUAUCUGAUGGCACAUUCACCAGCUUCCAAAACACAGAGAGUAAUGGAAUGGUUUACAUAGACAAUGACGAGUUUCCAAGAAUGUUAUUACCUGGACUUGCACAUAGAUUUAUUCCAAAGGAUCUACCUGAUGAUUUAUUUUUGUUCUUUACAGAACUUGGAAGAAUGAGAGCUUUCAAGAAUCUUCUGUGUUUGGAUAAAGAACUGAUAUGCAGGAAACUAUGUGAAGCCCUUCCUCAGAGAUGGAGUAACAGUUCUGACACCAUCAGUUGGCAUCCAGGGGAUUUGGAUAAUCCACCAAUGGAAUGGAUUUCCACAAUAUGGUCCUUUCUCCAACGAUAUGACCACAUAUUACAUUUGUUUGAGAACCAACCAAUUGUGCCACUGAAUAGAAUUACUGAAAGUUCAUCUGACAUUCAGCUUGCACGGCUGAAGAAAGAUACAGCAUUGUUUUAUCAAAACUGCGAUGGACACAACUUGGCUGACUGCAUUACUGUGCUAUUGGAGAAAGCUGGUUGCACGAUAAUACGACACAAGUACUCUUUGCUGUGGCACAAAGACUUACACCUUUACGUCUUGGUUCCUACACCAAAUAAUGUUCUACAAGCAUUUUCCCAUUUGAACCUAAACCAGAUUCUGGAAAUCCUUAAGAAUGCGUCAAAAAAAAAUGUAAGGAGGCUUGCAAACUUCUUUUCUCAAGCAUUAGCUUUCACAUCCUCUGAACUGAAUUGUUUGUACAAACUACCAAUUUUUUGCACUGCUCCCUGUAUUACACCACCUGACUCUGAAUUGGUGGCUGCAGGCCACUUACGUGCAAUAGACCGUAGCACAACCCCAGCUGUGCUGGAAACCUUGGUGCUCCCAAAUAUUGUUAUAACGAGCCGCGAUGAAUCGGACCAAAGACUACUACAGCUGAUGAACAUUACAUUACUAAGAGCAGCUGAUUUGGCUUUACUGAUUGUAAGAGCAAUUGAAAAUGGCACUUAUACUCGUUAUCCGGACGAAGCACAGAAUGCAAUGGUGUGGAUUUUGCGGAAUGGAUACGUGCUUUUUAAUCAGAAUGACCAACUGAAACUGAUGUGCAAAAGUCUUAAUUUCAUACCCUGCCAUGGAAAACUUAACCAACCAUGUGUUCUUUAUGACCCUACAAUAGAUAUAUUGAAAGAGUUGUUUGAGUCAGAAAAAUUUCCCCCUGAUAACUAUCAUGAGGAUUCGAUAUUGCUGUCGUUAAGACUCUUGGGGUUGCAGGAUUCCAUACAUAAAAUUAAACCGGAUGAUGUUUUAGAAAUUGCUGAGAGAUUAAGCCAAGCUGAAGACUGUGUUACAUCAUUACAAAAAGCUGAAGCUCUGGUUAAGGUUUGCAAUGAUACUAUGGUAUUAUCUCAGUUUAACAAACACAAUUUAGGAAAAGUCUGCAGCCUUUCCUGGGUCCCAGUCAACACGAACAACCCACAGACUAUAUUACGUGAGCCAGAAAAUCUGAGAAAUAUGAUGUACCGCAACAUAGUGGAGUUUUCAAUGUCCAUAACAAACUGCUUUAAUGAAAAAGCAAGUGCCAUUCUCGGCUUAAGUCUCCCGCCACCUCCUGAAAAAGUUGUGGAAAAUCUUCAAGCAAUCAGUAUUUGCUAUAAGGAAAUGGACCAAUACUCCUUGUAUAGAAGACUCCAUGACAUUUACAAGUACAUGCAAGAUCAUAUUAACCAGUUUUAUGAUAUUCUCGAAGAAAUCAUGAUUUGGAAUGGAGAGAGUUUUUCUUACCCAACUGAGGUUGUUUUAUCCUAUCCUGAAGGCUUGGAUCUAAGUUCCAGUGUGAAGAAAGUACAAUCAGAUUUCUUAAUUUACAAAGACCUUUUUGCCAGAUGUGGUGUUAACAGCACAUUGCCAGAAGAUGAAGUGAUUCAAAUACUACAUGCAUUAAAACAUCGUCUAGAUAGUGGAUGCUCUGAUUCUGGAACUUCCAAAGACCUGAAGCUUGCAGUAUCUAUCCUGGACUGGAUGAAAACCAAUUCUGUACCUGGAACAGAUGAUCUCCCCAUUCCAGUACAACUUGGUAGUACUGGAUUUAGCCUUCAAUCGCUCUCUGAUACCCUGUAUUGUGACAUGGAAAAUAAAUGUCUCACCGCUACUUCUACUGACCGCUAUAUAGUACAUGAAGACAUCUCUGUGGCAACAGCCAGAUAUUUAAAUAUUCAGCUUUUGAGCACCAGUAUAUUAAACCCAGAGUAUUUUGAACUAUGGGGACCAUCUGAACCAGUGACUCUUCGAAUUAAAAAUAUCCUUAGAGAAUACAGCGAACAUGUAGAACUCUUCAAAGAAAUUAUACAGAAUGCAGAUGAUGCAGAAGCCACAGUCUGCUAUUUCCUGGUGGACAUGAGACAGAACUCUGAGAGCCGACACAGUCUAAUAGACCCCGGCAUGGCCAGGUGUCAUGGGCCAGCACUGUGGUCUUACAAUAACAGUAAAUUCACAGACCUGGAUUUUAUAAAUAUUACUCGUAUUGGAGCAGCCACGAAGGAAACUCAAAAGCACAAAAUUGGUAAAUUUGGACUGGGAUUUAACACUGUGUACCAUAUUACAGAUGUGCCUUCCAUUAUGAGUGGGUCAAAAAUUCUCAUAUUCGACCCAAAUGUGAACCACUUGCAGAAACAUAUUACAAGUAAUAACCCAGGAAUCAAGUUGGAUCUACAAAAAAAUCCAGAAGUCCUUGAAAAAUUUUCUGACCAGUUUCAGCCAUACUCCAGUGUAUUUGGUUGCAAGCUUACGCAACCGUUUUACUUUGACGGGACUCUCUUUCGCCUACCAUUCCGGACAGAGGAAGAAGCUGGGGACUCCGACAUCUGUCACCAAGCAUUCAGUGGAGAACAAAUCAACAUCUUUAUGAAAGAUUUUGAAGGAUCCACAGAUACCCUUGUCUUCUUGAAAAAUGUAAAAGAAUUACAUUUACGUUGUAUUAACAAUAGUUCUGGUCUAGAACUCCCGUUGACGAGAGUUCACCUUCAAAAGGAAAAAGUGCAAAGACUGGCUAUGUCUCAAAAUGCUAUAUUACAACAAGAACAAGUUAUUGUGUCUGAAUACUUAGGUGUGUAUACAAGUGGCUUGGAUAUUAAUAGCUCAAACAUCAUAAAAAUUGUUGGGCAGCAAAUAUCAAGUGAUGAAAAAUACUACCUAACGCAGUCUAGCCUUGGGAUUCAAGAAUCAUUUAAAAUGUUCAUGGAAGACCAAGAAAAAUUUUCACUACCAGUUGGUGGAGCUGCUUUCCCUCUAAAGAAAAAUGAGAAUACUGGAAAAUGGAUUCCUGAUUUAGUCGACUUUAAUGGGACUGUGUUCUGUUUCCUCCCUCUUCCGGUUUCCUCCGGCCUGCCUUUUCACAUCAAUGGAAGUUUUUCAGUUAUGUCAAACCGUAAGAGCUUAUGGGAUACAACGGUAAAGGGUGAGUGGAAUAAGAAAUUACUCUCUGAUGCUGUACUAGUGGCUGUCCUAACUGCACUAUCGCAGUUAGAAAGACUAAAUCAGAAUGGUAACAUACAGGACUUCUGCUAUCAUACAUUUUGGCCAGAUGUCACAAAAGUCAACACUCAUUUCACGGAAGUGGUGAAAAGCUUUUAUCACGCGAUCGCCUUCGGAUUUGAAAAUUCCUUGCCUGCUCUCUUUAGCAAUGGCCAUGAGUGUUGCACCAUAAAGCAUGCUUGCUUUCUAGAACUGGACAGUAUUAGGGAUGAGACCAUUCAAUACCUUGCUAAAAAAUUGUUUACCCAAUUUCUAAAAAAGCCAUACUUGGCUAUAGACUUUCCAGGAUGGGUAAAGAACAGCUUCCGUGUGAGUAACUGUGCCAAGGGGCUAGAGAAUAACUUAUACAAUCAUGUAAGAUUCUACAGGGAAAUAAUAUUUGAAAACCUGGACUCUUUAGACGCAGAAGACAGAAAUACCCUAGUACUACAUGCCAUUGACCUACAAACACCACCACUGGACAAUUUACUUGUGUCAAAACCUUGCAUUCCAACAUCUUCACAUGGCAAAUUACAGUUUAUUGCAAAGCUGGUGCAUCCACUGGGAAAAGUGUCAGCACUGUAUGACCCUGAAGAAGGAUGUUUUCCUGAAGGAGCGGAGUUUCUUAAACCAGAGAGAUUACACCGUUUACAGACUCUGGGUAUGCUGAAGGAUGAAUUGCCUAUGAAAGAACUCCUGAUGAGAGCCUGCAAGAUAAAAGCUGUAUGGGAGCAUGACAGAGACAAGGCUUUAAAACAAAUUGGUUGCAUAUUGGAACUGCUAAAUGAUCUACUUCAACAAAAUCUUGUAGAAAUACAAAAGCAAGACUUCCAAGACCUUACGUUUCUUCCUGCAGUGCCACCUCAAAGCAUCACUGCCCAGUUGAAAGAUCUAAUGUUAACAAAAUCAACAGACCUUUAUCAUUACAAGCAUAAGGCUCUUGUCUGCAUGGUUAAACCAGUACUAAGCGAAGAACAUUUGGGAAGCAUUAAGUUGAUUGGUUCUGUAUGGUCUUUUUUAGGCAUGGAUCAUCCUCCUUCUGUCCAAAUUGUGAUUUCUCAACUUCAGCAAGUUUGCACUGUACAAAAUGUGUUGAACCCACAAGAAACUUUUCAAAUUGUACUGCAAUGCUAUAAUUAUUUGAAUAAACUACUUGAAAAGAAACCAAACUACACUGGCUACAUUAAGGAGAAAUUAUCUUGUCUCUCUUUUAUCUACGUCGACAGUGAUUUUGUACCGUUGAAUGUGGUGGCUCACAAACUUACGUUUGAUGCGUUUCCUUAUUUGCAUCAACUGCCAAAACCUUUUGAAGCAUUUCGGAAACUAUGGGAUUGUGUUGGAAUACGUACAGAAUUUUCAUUUAAACAUUACAUUUCUGCCCUUGAAAAGAUGGCUAUGAAGCAUAGAGGAAUCCCGCUUUCGCAAAAUGAACUCAGAGUGGCAUUAAACUUAAUUAAUAGCUUAUACGAGAUAACUGAUGUUGAUCUAAGCAGUUCAGUUUAUACACCGCACAUUUUUGUGCCAGACAAACAAUGUAUAUUACGUCAUGUGGACAAAAUCUUUUACAAUGACACUCCGUGGCUUCCCUGUGAGGAAGAAGUAAAUUUUUGCCAUGAUCAGAUUCCUCGAGCUGUGCUAUCCUUGGGAGUCAAAACAAAACGUCACCGUACACUUCAAAAAUUAAAAAUUUCUAACCUUUUUAAAUGGGUUUCCGAAUUUGGUGCAAAGGAAGACCUUACCACACGCAUCAAGAACAUUAUAAAGGAGUACUCUUCGAAAAAAGAUAUACUGAAGGAACUUAUUCAGAAUGCAGAUGAUGCUAAAGCUACUGAAAUUCAUUUUGUACUGGACUGCAGAACACAUGCAAGAAGAAACACAUUUGGAAAUGAAUGGCACCCGCUACAAGGACCAGCUCUUUGUGUUUACAACAACCAAAAAUUUGAUACCAAAGAUAUUGAUGGAAUUCAACAGCUAGGUGUAGGUGGCAAGCAGGAUAACUUGGAUAAGACUGGAAAGUUUGGGCUUGGCUUUAAUUCGGUAUACCACAUAACAGACUGUCCUUCUUUUGUGACUGGUGAUACCAUCAUGUGUGUCUUUGACCCUAACCAAAUGUUUUUGGAAACUGCUGAUGAUAAUAGCCCAGGUGGGAUGUUCAAUGUGAAUAAUGAAUUCAGGAACACCUUUCAGGAUGUGUAUAACACUUUUCUACCUUCUGUGUUCAACCUGCAAGAGGGCACAAUUUUCCGUUUACCACUAAGGAUGGCAGAGACGGUGUCAAAGUCCAAAAUCAGUAACCAAACUUCAUCUUUGCAGGACAUAAGAAGUAUGUGUGAGGAUUUAGAUAAAGAUGCAGACAGCUUGCUUCUGUUCUUAAAUAACAUCAGAAACAUUACUUUUUCUGAAGUUUCAAACACUGGACAUAUUAAACAGGUCCUCUCUAUUAAAACAAAAAUAGACGAUAUUCAUGAGAAAGCAUUAUCUUCUUUCCAAGAAAGGUUUAGCAAAGUUGCUGAGAAUAGAGGACUUUUGGCUGAGGCUUCACCAUUGAGAGUAUCUUUCGAUGUGGAAAUAACACACAGCAGAUCAGAGACUGCAACCCGCUGGCUUGUAGUUAGGCAGCUGGGCAUGGAAGGCAUUGGCAGCAUGGCUACUUUAAAGAAAAUCUCAGAUCGUUUACAUCAAGCUCUUAUUCCUCAUGGCUCUAUAGCGGCAUGCCUCACUGAUUCAAUAAAAGGAAGGGCUUUCUGUACUUUGCCGCUUCCUGUAGAAACCGGUCUCCCUGUACACAUCAAUGCAAAUUUUAUUGUGGACAUGGCGCGUAGAGACAUCUCCAAAGAAGAUGGUGAUAGCCCGAAGACUGCUUGGAACAUGUUUCUUCUCUCAAGUGUUACAGCACCGCUGUAUUGCUGUCUUCUAGAGUGCCUGCGUGAAAAGAUGAUUCCGCAUAAACCAUGUAUUUUUAAAAGUUUUGAUUCUUGCAAGCUAUAUCUUGAUCGUUUCUUACAUUUUUUUCCUACAGUUACAAAAUCUCUGUCACCUCACUGGCACAUAGCAGUUCAUACAGUCUACUUGACUAUCUCAAAAAACAACAAACAAGUAAUUCCGGUUUACAAGGUACAUGAAAACAAACAGAAAUUUGGCAAAGAUACUGUGUCUGUUCAGUGGUCAAACAUUGGGCAAGUCUCCAUCGCUGAAGAACCAUUCUUUUUCAUCCCGGGCAAAAUUGAAGCUAUUGAAAAAAUACUUCAUAAUAUCAACAUGCGAUUAGCUUAUGGAGGUCACGAAAACUUUCUGGGUGAAGCUUUUAAAGCAGCUGCUGUAAAUGUACUUGAAUUAAGCCCCCAAACCCUGUGUGAUUACUUGAGACAAAUUCAACUAUUUCCCCGAGGUGAUACCCUACCUGCUCCUGUCUCCAUGUCUCUUCUCCGAGAUGAAAAAAGUUGUAAAUUUCUUCUAAACUAUUGUCUGGAGCUUUGUUCCAAAAAAGAGACAUUGGAUCUGCAGGGCGUUCCUCUGCUAGUUACAGUGGAUGGAAUGCUUAACAAUUUAGAUAAGCAUAAUCCAAAAUUUGCUUCAGAAUUCCACCCCCUUUUCCCAGAUGAAAGUAGCCAGUUUGCGAAAGACAUAAUCCUUUAUAGAAACAAUCUUGUAAAAGAAGGUUUCUACAGAGACUUAACUGUUGAGAAUUCUGCCGUUUUAGUCAAGAAUCACCUUGGUCCGAUACAUGAAAUAACGUCUACAACAAAUGGAUCUGGCCUUUUACUUCCACAAGACAAAGUGGACUGGUUUAAAAUGCUAUGGAGUUUUUUUAAAAGUGAAAUACAAAAGCAGAAAGCAGAAAAUCAAGAGGAGCUAUUUAUUGGAAUUAUUUCUCUGUAUUAUCACUGGGCAAUUGUACCUGUCUGUUUUAAAAAAGACUCUAAAACAAGCAUCCUUUCUCCUUCUCAUUUUAGGAACAUUUGCUCUUCAGUCUUCAAUUACUUUGGCAAGUACUUGUUCAAAUUGGGAUUCCCUAAAUUAGAAUUGAGUGUAUUUCCUGAGGAAAUUAUUAGCUGCAUAAGGAGUCAACUGUUGGAUACGGAAAAUGUUGAAGUGGUGAUCAAACAACUGAAUUCUAGAAGUGAUCUUCACUGGGAAUUAAUGGAAAACUUUGAGCUUGAUAUGCUUUUGUGGAAUAUCUUAUCAAAGUUAGCAUCCCACAAAAACCGAAAGUCUCUUAUGCAAAUGAUCCAAUCUUUACCAUUAUUUGAAAACCAUCAAGGCAAGAGAAAAUGCUUAACUGUAUAUCAAAACAAGUAUAUUCUUGACACAGCGUUUGUCCUGAACUCUCUUAACCUCUCUGAAAUAGACCCUCAAACAAUAUUUCUUAAAAAUACUCCUCUUAACAAGGAGGUUGGUAAAUACAUGGGUAUUCCAUUAAUCAAUGACUUGGCGUUACUUACAGAUUUCCUCCUCCGUCACCUUGCAUCCCUUAGUGACAAUCAAUUACUAGACGUUCUCAGUUUGGCUUUGGAAGUGCAACAUUUGGAAGCUUUCAGAAAAAAAGAAGACUAUAUUUUAACUACCCUAAAAUCUGUAAGAUUAAUCAGAGACAAACAGGGAGUACUUCAACAGGCAUCACACUUUUAUGAUAAGACUGUGGCGAUAUUUUCAACACUUGAACUCCAGGAAUGGUUUAUCCCUGAUAAUUUAUCAAAGAUAUUUGAAAAGAUGCAAUCUCAAUUCUACUCUCUCAUGAGAAAACUUGGGAUGAAGUGCUCACUUUCAGAAGCUGAUUUUAUAAGAUUUGCAACAAUGAUUCAAAAGGAUUCAAAAGGGACACACAAUUUAAAAUCACUAAUUCCCAAGGCUAAGGCAUUGUUUAAAUAUUUGCUAGCUAUGAAUGUAGAGGAACUCAGCAGUGGGUUUGCAGCUGAGGUAGGAAACAUCUCCUUUGUCAUUCCUUCUGAUGUCAAAUCUCAUUUAAAAGCGCUUCACCCUUCAUAUACCGAGAAUGUCAACACAGUGGCACUUCAUGGGUCUCUACUAGCACCAGAGUGUUAUGAGCCAUUGGUUUGGACAUCCAUGUCCCGAAUAAAAAACGAUUCAAAAUGUAGCAAGAAAAUGCAGACAUUUCUGAGACAAUGUGGAGUUCAUCAUGAGCCACCUAUUGAACAGGUAAUUGAGAAUGUGAAAAAUGUGUGUAAAUCUCAAUGUGAUAGCAAAGAGUUACAAGAAAUUAGAUGUCAUGUCUUAAAAGAAAUGUAUAAUUUUCUUCAAAAAAAAGGGCCAGAUAUUGACAUUACUCCUCUAGAGAAUGUACCUUUCAUUUUAGUAGAUGACUGUAGAAAUAUUGCAGAGAAAAAGCAAGUUGUUUUUAGUCUUCAGUGGGAAAAUAAUCUCCAGCCAUACCUGUACAAGCUGCCUCCUUUGCUUGCAUGUUAUAGUGCUCUCUUCCAAAAAGUGGGAGUUGAAGCUGAGCCUUCUGUGUUUCACUUUGCAAAUGUUCUUUCAACAAUUUAUAAAGAGACAUUAGACAAAAAGUCUUUGCACGCCAAUCUCAUAAAGACCGUCUCUGAAGCUAUACAUCAGCUCUUCAAACUUGUAGAGAUCAAAAAAGCAAAAAAUCUCCAAAACCUCAAAACUCUUUAUCUGCUAGCCACUGAUGGCAAACUCUACGAGUCCUCUAGUCUGGUCCUAAAUGACUGCCGUUCCAGGAUUACAACAGGCAAAUUAAAGCAUAUAUUUAAGUUUGUAAACGAUUGGUCAUGUGACCUUUACACACUACAAAAUCUCAUGAAAUGUUUACCUGUGGAUAUUCGUCCAAGAAUGCUUUCUGAUAUUACUGAUGAGUUUCUUGAUGUCAACUUACUAAAGCUUUGUACAUAUGGUGAAGACUGUCUACUUAAAAGAAGGUUAACAGAAAUACUUCUUUCUUUAGUAUUUCAAGAUGGUCUAAUUUGCCUUCUACGACACCAGAGCAGUGGAAAAAUGACACAGGAGGAGGCUACAAAGAAGUGUGGUAUCAUUUUUGGAAAGUUAGAGAUAAUUUGUUGCCUUGAAAUAAAGACUUUUCUUAUGUAUGAAGAUAAACCAUUGGAUGGCACUCAGAUGCUAAAAACAGUUGACAUAAAGUGCAAGGAAAGCUGUUGUAAACUUUAUCUUGAACAUAGUGAAUCAAUGGUGGCCAGAAAGGCUAUGAAAGUGGCAGAUGCUCUUGCAAAACAAAUCAAUAUCCUAAUGGAAAAUGUUUUAACACAUAAUUCUGUACAAAUUGUCAGGGAAAUGCUGACCUGCGAAGAUGCUAAUGAAAUAAUUGAAGUGCUGAAAGAGCAUAACUUACAGAGCUAUAACACUGGAAACGCAAAUGCUUUUUCAUUGCCAAAUGCUGGAGAAAAAAUUCCCAGUGAAUGGUAUGAUUGUUUAGACAUGAGCAUUUUGAAUACUUUCAAAGUAGAUGACUAUGUGGGCUACCUGGAUCCUUUAAACAAAUCCUACUUAUAUGCUAUAAUCAUUGAAGAACUGGACAAUCUGAAAUUUGAAGGCUGUGAAAUGCAAAUGUAUCGCAUAAACAUCGGUCAAGAUAAAAUGGUUGAUGUUAGUGUGUUUGAUUUGUAUCAUUUCAAAAGGUCUGUGAGCCAAAGUAUGAAAACUCUUGUUUUGCACGAGAAUCCACAACCUCAAGAAGAAAUUCCUGAAAAAUGGCAUACAUCAUCCAUGGAAGAAAUUAAAAAAGAAAUUGAUCUACAGUUAAGCAAAAUAUGGGGAUUACCUACAGUUGAACGGAUGAAAGCAAUAAGACGGCUCUAUCUAAAGUACCAUCCAGACAAAAACAUUGGCCAAGAGGACAUAUCAACAGAUAUAUUCAAAUAUCUUCAGCAAAGAAUCAAAGUAUUGGAAUCUGGUGGGAAAUUGAGCCAUUGCCACAAGUCAACCAAUCAUUCUGGUACUUCCAGCAGCUCUUCUAAGUUUUGGGCAAACUGGGACGAAGAAGCUUUCCAACACAAACAAAAUCGUGAACGCUUUUCACAUAGAACCAGAUAUAAUUAUGAUUUUUGGGGAUACCACAGCAAUCCUACUAGACCAAAUCCUCCAGAGGCUGAGCGAUGGUUGAGGCAAGCCAUGUGUGAUAUGAAGGCUGCAGAACAUGAUGUUGGCCAUCACCACACAGAAUGGGUGUUUUACAAAGUACAUCAAGCUGUAGAAAAGGCUUUAUUUGCAGCACAGUAUAUGAAGUCUGGAAAAACUGACAAGGGUUGUGGUAUAGUCUCUUUAGCGGAAAAGGUAUCCCACUACUGUAGCAGUCUGCACAGCAUUGGUAAGCACGUGUUACAAAUGGAAAUACAUGGGGUAGAUAAGCAAAAAACACAAUACCCUAAUUACCACACUCCACCCGGCAUUCCCAAUAAUAGAUGUGCCUCUGAUCUAGAAAAAACUAUUAUUACUCUAGCUAGGAAUGUCCUACAGAAAAUAGAACUCUAUGUCCUCAAAUGAGAAGUGCUCAAAAUGCACCGUGCUUCAUGGCUCCAAGUGAUGGCAUUACAAUCUUUACUACAUUUCACUGUUGUAAUUACUCUGUAGUUUUCUAUUGUUAUUGAGAAUAGAAUCCUAAAAGGAAUGUUCAUAUUUUGCCUUGUGGUGGUAUUGUACUACGCACUACUAAUUUAGCAAAUGUAUAAGUAUAUUAUAUUUUAUUAAAGCAAGCACAAUAUGAAAAUAGUUCUAUACUGUUAUUUAUUUUUCUCAUUGACUGUCUAGGUAAUAAUAAUUUUCCAAAAUAAUUUGCAAUAAAAUGUGUUAUGCAUACAUACUGUAUGUGGUGUUUUUUAGCCUUAUUUCAGUGCACCCUGAUAGACCAGUUUAUUAUUGCUCAGCUGUCUUGGCAUAUAUUUUUUUCAAUAAAGGUAAUGUUUUUUUGUU